AUGGAGCAUAUUGUUUCUAUUGACGAGCUGCACUCGAGGAAGGUUGUUAGAAGCAAAGCUUGUGAAGGAAGCAGCAGCCGCAACCGGCCUGCCAUUACCAGGGAGGAAAGGUUUAGAAAUUUUAUGGACGAAGGAGACCAAGAAAGAAAGGUGGAAGCCCUUGGUGGAAGGCCACCAGCAAAAAUACAGAAGGUUAUAUUCUUGCUGCGAGAUCACAAGCAUUUCGUUAAGUACUUUGAGCCAAGAGUGGCAUCAAUUGGUCCUAUCCAUCAUGGCAAGCCAAAGUACCAGCUAGGAGAGAAGUACAAGCUUAGAUUGGCAUAUGAGUUCGUCCAAGGUUGCGGGAAGAGUAUAAAUCUUUUGUACGAGGUUGAGAAGAAAAUCAAGCAACUGAGGGAAUUCUUCGAGGAGGAGGUGAUAGAGAAGUAUGAUGAUGAGGCACUCGCCUGGAUAUUGUUCGUGGACGGCUGCGCAAUACUACAAUACAUAUUAUGCGCUACAAAUGACCAGUUCAAAGAGUUGAACAUAAAAACCGACAGCGUAGCCUUCGCUCAUCAAGAUUUGUUCUUGUUGGAGAAUCAAGUUCCUUACCGUCUCCUCAAGUUAUUGAUGAGCUUGAGCGGGAAGGAAGAGGAGUUGAGAAAAUCGAUUGAAAGUUUCAUUCGAAAUGUUACUUAUCAGCAAACGGAGCCGCAACAAAAUGUUGACGAAGGAGAAAGCUCUCAUGAUUCACAGCCGGAACCAAUAGAAAGAGAAGUACCAAUAACAGAGCCCACCCAUCUUCUCGACCUUAUGAGAACAACACUCUUGGGUCCGACUCCUCUGCGAUCCUCGAAAGUCGUCCCAUCCUUUGGAAAGACACGUGGAAUAUGGCCAUGUAGAAACACACGUCAAGAGGACCCAGAUUGGCAAUCAUAUCGGAAUGUGCAGGAGCUUAAAGCAGCAGGAAUCCAUUUGAAACGCGGCAAAGAAAGUUGCUUGAGGAGCAUAAACGACUCAACGGGCCCCAAGUUCAUGAACUUGAUAGCUUAUGAAAUGUGUCUGGAUUUCGAGAACGACUUCGGCAUCAGCUCUUAUAUAUCCUUCCUAGAUUCACUCAUUGAUGAAGUCAACGACGUCAAAGAUAUGAGGAAGGUACAAGUGCUGUACAACUUGCUCGGCAGUGAUCAAGAAGUGGCUGACCUCUUCAAUGAGAUAGGCACUGACCUGGUGCCUAACACCGAAGCUUAUAAGGAUGUAAAGUUCAAGAUUCAGAGCUACUACAAUAACAAUUGUAUGACCUAUAUGGCUCAAUUCUUUCACGAUCAUUUCAGCAGCCCCUGGACUAUCCUUGCUUUCUUGGGCGUAUUAUUGGGACUUGCUCUAACUGCCCUUCAGACUUGGUCCGCAAUCUUCCCUCACUCAUUUGACAAAGCUAAGAAUUGA